AUGAAAGCCUGGAGCCUCCUCCUCCUGGUGGGCCUCCUGGCUUUGGGGAGCCAGCUGCCUACUGCCUCAGGCAGAAGGAAGAAAGAGAAGCCCGGGGGCUGCCCCGUAGACGAAGAGCCCUGCCUCCUGUCGGUGCCUGACCAGUGCGUGGACGACAGCCAGUGCCCCUCCAGCAUGAAGUGCUGCUCCCGAGCCUGCUUCCGCCAGUGUGUGCACAAGGUCUCAGUGAAGUCGGGCAGCUGCCCCCAGGACCGCCUGCGCUGCCUCAGCCCCACGCAGCACCUGUGCCGCCAGGACUCCGACUGCUCGGGCAGCAAGCGGUGCUGCCCCACGGCCUGCGGCCGCGACUGCCGCAGCCCCCUUCGAGGUACAGCUCCUGGGGCCGGGCGGGUUCUCUCCCUCGCUGAGGCUCUGAGACAGGCUUCCGCCACUUCCCCUGCCACCCGCCCUGGCUUCUCUGCCCGGAGUCUGGGCCACCGCCAGACCUCAGAGGAGACCCACCCCACCACCCAGUGCCUCUGCCACAACUCCGAGAGCCUCGAGCUUCUUGCCCUUCCUAAUGCCACGUCCAGGCCUUUCACCCGUGCUCCUUCCACCUAA